GUUAUUAAUGCUAUUGAUUGUUACAUGGUUACUUCUGCUAUGAUACCCAAUUUUUCAGCAGAAUGCCAGGUGUGAAGCGUUGCCGAGAUGAAUCAGACAAUGAAGAGGUGGAUCAAGAUUCUGAUAGUGAGCACUCCACUGAAGAUGACUUCAAUUUAACUGAAGGAUCUGAUUCAGAAGAAUCAUCAGAUUUGGAUGAACAGGAGUGUGAUGAGCGGAGGUUGAUGUAUGCCACUGACGUUUUGGAUCUUGAGAAACAGUUUAGCAUCCUCAGAGAACAACUUUACCGAGAACGCCUUAGUCAAGUCGAGGAAAGACUCAACAGUGUCAGAAAGGGUGAAGCUGCUGAGUACUUAACUCCCCUCAACCAACUUAAAGAAGCCUACACCGUACGACUCCAAGUUGCCGAUGUUAUGAAGAAAUUUCGUUUAAAGAACAUACAAAAUAAAUAUGAAGCUGAAAUCAUGGCUGCCAAUCAAAAUUAUGAGAACGAGAAAGUGCUGCUGAUGUGCGCGUUAUGGGAGGACUUGGAGGAGCGCAUCCGGCACUUGCAGGAGGACAGACACACCGUCACCUUCACCAGCCGCCUCUGGGUCGAGAAGAACCUAAGACGCUCGCCCAGGGCCUCGCAUAAGGGAGGUGAGCGUAAGGAAAGUAAGGCAGUGGUGGACGGCCCGUACAUCGUAUACAGGUUGCGGGAUGAAGAUAUUCUGGAAGACUGGACUGUUAUUAGACGAGCUGUGCAGGCCAGUAAACAACGUAAAAGCAAAUUUGGGAAGAUGUGUUCUCCCCGUCCUAUUGGUCAAGGCUUCGGGUUAUGAGGCGUGCCAUGUCUAGGGUCUCCUCUGCACUGCUCACCGCCACGCACCGCUAGCGCUGAUCUUCUUUCCUUAGCUUCCAUGAGUGUCAUGACCACCUCAUGUCUCUUUUCUAUAACAUGAAUAUAAGUGACAACAUUGACGAACUAACGCAGCAGUAUUUUUACUACCAUGUCUUUAUGUCUUUGCAAUAUAUAUUUCACUAAGAAGAUUCAAGCAGCGCAAAAAGCUUCAGGUUAUCAUUGCAGUCUAUUCCCAGAUCUCCAACGAACAUUUUGCGCUCUUAAAAAAAGAUUUUGCUUUGACAGAAGCUAAGCUCAUACUGCCUAAUUUGAGGAUGAUCAGAUCCUUACAGCAUAUGAUUAACGCACUUAUUAGUUUGCUAUCAAAAUAAGAUGUUAACAGCAUAACGCAUCCUAUUUAAUAUAUUUAUAAGUAUUGUGAAUAGUAUUGUAUGACAUUGAGCUUUUAUUGUUCGUUCUAGGCCCUACUUAGAAAUACUGUUCUUCUUACUGACAUCUAUUUUUAACGUCUUAAGUUCCGUAACUGAUGCAUUAUUCUUCAACCUCAUAUCCUCAUCAAUCUCAGUUAUUGUUAAACUUUAAUCAUUCUAUUUCAUCAAUGUACAAAGCUGGGGUAAUUUUUUUGGUGAUUUGACUUCGUUGUAGUAAGACGUUUGACGAGGUGAGUGGAUCAAGUAGUCAAUAGAUAUUUGUGCCGCGUACUUAACUAAGUACGACUCUUCAAACUCUAAACUUUGCAAACGAAUUGAGACAAAGCCAGUGGAUCCAAUUGUGUAAAGACAUUACUACCACAUGUUGAAUAAGGUACGGCUCUCCAGAUUUUUAAUGGUCUGGAUUAUUUUAUGUCAAUGUUGAGUUUCAAAUACUAAUAAAUUUCGAUGAUUUCCAGGCGCAAUUUUGUUUAUGUAAAUAGCGUAUAUUUCGUCAACAUUUUGAUGCUAUUCACGUGUUUGUUUAUCUAUGACGAUUCGGAACGCAAUGUAAAUUUACAAUGGUGUAAAUUUUCGAUCUCCGUUUUCGAUGGUCACACUUGAUAAAUCGACACAUUUUUACUACUAUACUGGGAUUCAAUGUGAAUUAUUUUACUUUUUCGCUAUUAUUAGAGAUUUAUUUUUCCUCCGAGUAUGACAAAAAUGUACUCCAAUAAUUCUAUUCCCGUGUUGAUUUGAAACUUUGGUGAUUUAGCGGCCGUGCUAGAUUCAAUUGAGGAAUCGUAUUUAAAUGUAUUAGUAUGCAAGUCGAUAUAAAUUGAACGAUUUUAGAUGUCUAAAUCAAAACUUGCCCCAUAAAUAUUGAAAAGUGU